AUGGCACAAGCGGCACAUCUGGACGAGCGGAGGACGACCCUGGUUCAUCUCGCCGUCACGCUGUCGGUGGUCGUGGCGGCGGUGGUCGUGACAGAGGUCAGCGGCGGGUUCUCCUGCGUGAGUAGCCCUUGCGUCCACGGGAUCUGCGUCGAUCAUCUUAAUAGCUCGUACUCGUGUUUCUGCACCGACGGCUAUACGGGACUACAGUGCCAAACGGACUGGGACGAGUGCUGGUCCGCCCCGUGCCGCAAUGGUGCCACCUGCGUCGACCAGGUAGCGGCACUCACCUGUCUGUGUCCGUCGGGUUAUACAGGGGAGUUUUGCGAGAGCGAGAUCAACGAGUGCCAGAGCAACCCGUGCCAAAACAAUGGCACUUGUAUCGAUCUCCUGGACCACUAUGUGUGCACGUGCCCCGUCGGAUAUUCAGGUGUCAAUUGCGAAGUAGACGUGAGUGUGUGCAACGCCACAGAGUUGUCUACCAGCGACGGCCCCAAGUGUCUCCAUGGGGGCGUGUGUGUGGACGGCCCCGCCCUCUCGUACACCUGCGACUGCCCCUCAGGGUGGAGCGGCAGGGCAUGCGAGAGCGAUGUGGACGAGUGCAUGGCCACGCCCUGUCUGCAUGACGCGGUCUGUCUCAACACUCCCGGGAGCUUUGCCUGCGCAUGUCAGUUCGGAUACACGGGGAGGCUGUGCGAGGACGCCGUGGUGUUCUGUGAGGAUAACCCGUGCGAGAACGGUGCCCUAUGCGUCAUGGAGAACAACAACGCGACGUGUUACUGCGUUCCGGAUUUCCACGGGUCCCAGUGCCAAGAACAGUAUAACGAUUGCCUCCCCUAUGCUCCAAGAUGCAUGAACGGCGGGUCCUGCAUCGACGGCAUCGACAGCUUCUUCUGCAGCUGCCCGAGCGCCGCGUCGGGUCCCCUGUGCGAGUGCGCCGUGACGGACGCCGGCGAGGAGUGCGCCCUGCUUCCUGCGUGGUUCGACGGGAGGCCCUUCCAGCCUGUGGGUUCCGGGGAGAUCGAUGUCUAUCACCAGUGGUUCAACGCCACGCACUUUGCCAACGUGACGGAAAUCAGCGUCAGUGACACCCUCCCUCCCCCCUUCCCGACGGACGAGGUCCCCCUGUAUCCAACUGUAACUGUAGGUUAUGACUUUUCCAGUGAAACGUUGGUUCCGAGUUUCGACUCCGUGACUAGUGUCCUGCGGUCGACGCUGCGGGAACCCAAGGACUUCCCAACUGAGUCUUCUGUGAUAAGUGCCAAAGUGUCCCUUGAGUAUACCGAGCCAAUAACUGCCAGUGUGCCUUACUCUUCCAGCGAACUGUUUACGCCUAUCUUUCCUUCCACUCCGAUGGAAUGGAGCGAAUCGAUGUCUAUGCAGCCAUCACCAGUGCUUCCAGAUCUGCCUUCCUCUCUCUUCCCCGAGGACAUUUCCUCUGGAACUUCCUUGAGUCCGACCUCGGUGCUGGAGAGCUCUUUCUCGACGGCCCCGCCCGAUCUGCUUUCCUUGUCUGUCGUGUCGGAGAUAGAUGUGAGUACGUCGCCUUUGUUGGUCACUGUAGCAGCGUUAGAGCCCACACCCGAGUUCCUUCCUACCCCUAGCUCGCUACUACUCGUCUCGCCAGUCCCGGUAGAUGCUACAGAUGUAACGUCAGUCGUGGUAGAUGUACAUAAUGUAACAUUCGUCCCAGUAAAUGCAACAGCUGUGACGUCAGUAAUGGUAGAUGCCACAGAUAUUACGUCAGUCCCGGUAGAUACUACAGCUGAAACGUCAGUCCCGGUAGAUGCUACUGCUUCCCCGCCAACCCCUGUUGAUCUUGGCAACGCAUCGCUUGUUCCCGACUUCACUGGGAACGAAACUCUUGCACCAGGGACUGACCUAGUAGUCACCUCCUCGCUUCCCAGUGAAACUUCCACAGCCGAAGACGUCACGGCGGGGCUUUCAACUCCUGUGCCUGAGACCACAGCUCUUCCAGACAACGUAAGCGAUUAUCUUACAGACCAAGAUAAUGUAACUGAGCCCUUCCUCACUACCGAAGACAGUGUCUUGGGCUCCGAGCUCCCCAGCCUCACCACUCCCUACACCCCCGAAGAGAGCUUGAAUUUCACCGAAACCGUGGCUCCUGUGACAGACCUCGUGACCCAGACUGACCUUUCCCCCACGCAGACCCCUGACACAACAGACGUGACGAGAACGAGCGUGGCGAGGACGACACCUGCGCCAGACUACGAGGACUCGGGCGGGAACGCUACUGACGCGGCUUCGACAGAGGCAGCUCUCGUGACGUCGACUCCUUCUGAAAUUGAUAAUUUGACCUCUAUCGAUUCUACCUACUAUAUAUACCCCACAACAGAUUCCGUUUCUGGCACUGAUACUACAUCCUCAUUCUAUGACACUACUCAGUUAACAACAGACCAGGUGACUUCCACAGAGUUAUAUGAUGGUGUCAAUAUUACAACGCCUGAUGCUGAAUUCACAGAGGCACCUACGACUCCCGUAACAGCUGACGUUACCACAACAAGCGCCACUGAUACUACGGUGACACCAGGGUUUGUUGACACUACACAAACGACAGAUACUGACACUAUGCCAACAGUAGACUUCGUGGGAACAGCACCAACGACAGAUUUUGCCAGUACACAAACCACAGAUUUUGCCACCACACAAACCACAGAUUUUUCCAGCACACAGACCAUUUAUUUUGCUAGCACACCAACUACAGAAUUUGACAGGCCGCCAGCUACAGAUUUUACCAGCACACCAACGACGGACAUUGCCCGCACACCAACUACAGAUAUUGGUGAAACAACUCCAACAACAUUUGUAGAUAAAACAACAAUAAGUACACCUACGGAAACAACUGCAUUAGCUACAAGUGAUGAAACUUUAACCACAAUUGAUUUAACAACAGAGAGCGUAGAUGUUGUAGACACAACAUUAACGGUAGGUGUUAUUGACACUACAUCAACAGCAGAGACUACAGGCGCAACCGAAACAACAGAUGCCAUCACCGAAGCACAAACAACAGAUAUGUCGCUAAUGAGUCCCAAAACAACAGACAUUAUCAGCUUUACGGAAACUCAGACGAAAAUCUUCACAGAAUAUACUGAACCGACACAAACUACGCCCCUUACAGACACAGCAGAAUAUACUACCAUUGAUAUGACGAGUCUCAGUCCUGUUUACACCGAAGGCUUAACGACAUCAACAGAGGCGGGAGUGUACAUCAUCUCAGAGACUCCCGUGACGUUGGAGUUGGAGCACGCGUACACCCAAGCUGCUGGGGAGGCAGUCCUCACCACCCCGACGGAAACUCCCGAGGACUUGAAGACAGACACGCGCACAGAGACAGACGCAGGGACGACCACACUACCCACGACGACUAAGGCAGACGAACCUACAGACCUGGCGUUCACUACAACGACCAGCCUUGCUGACCUGUUUACCAUUGUGACUGAUCCAGGUGUAGAGGCAAGGAAUGUGACGAUACCGGACGACCAGCUCCUCUAUAACGCCUCCCUGGGCUCGAGCACGGCCCCCGCUGAGGAGCCGACGAUGAUGACGCCGACCCCAGUGGCAGCCACGACCUCAGCGACUCGGACUCCUGACGGGACAGCCAUACCGCCGACGACUGACUUGCAGCCUUCAGCCACGCACGUUUCUCUCACGAUAACGACCUUGUCUUCCCCCCUCCCGCCGGCGCCCGCGAUCACACCGAAGGUCCCGGUGUCUCCCACGCCCAGCACCCCGCGCGAGACCGACGUCCCCGUGGAGACCCCCGACUACACGGGCAGCCCGAGCGAAAAGGAGCCCGUUUUCGACACGACGACGCCCCCGACGGUGUCGCUGCCGCCGCAGGUCGUGACCUCCGCAGCGACCUCCGAGACUCAGAGCGACCAGGCGCCCUCGGCACAGUGCGGGGACGGCUUCUGCCUCAACGGAGGGACCUGCGUGACCCGCGACGGAAAAUCCUCCUGCAAGUGUCCGUUUAACUACAAGGGCAGUUACUGCGAAUUGUAUUUCUACAUCAACAAACCGUAUUUCGUUGGAGCCUCGUAUCUUGGUGUUGAUGUUGGCAACCUCUCACUCAGACAAGGGGUCCAGUGUAAAGAUGCCGGCAAUAGCAAAAGGAAAGCAUACAGAACACCGAAGUAUUUUGUUCAUGUUUACGUCCAGUUCACGUCCCAGAGUCCCAACGGCUUGGUGGCCUACAGCGAGGGCCCCAGCGAUGCCUUCUUCAUGCUGCUCCUGAGGAAUUCGCUGCUUCAGUUCGUGUUCUCGUGUGGCCUACAGACCGUCUCUUUCCUGCAGGGGAACGAGAAGCUGGCUAGGAACUUCCGUACUGAUGUGUCUGUAAGGAUGUGGUGGACGCCAUAUGAACCAGACGUGCCGUGGGGAGCUGGCAAAUGCAGCGCGUCUUUGCAGGUCAACGACACGUCACCCAUCUACAGCGAGCAGAGGUCAUCCACCGCCUCCGUCCGUCUGGGUCACGUGUACCUCGGGGGACUCCCCUCCUCCUACUCCUCCCCCCUGGUGGUCAAGGCGGGGUUCCUGCCGCGCCUGCAGGGCUGCGUGUCCAUCCUGGAGGUAAACGGGCGUGAGAUCGACGCGUGGGUGGAGGGCGUGGGGGGCGAGGGCGUGCAAGAGUGCGGAACGGCGCUGUGUCCUGCCGGGUCGUGUCUGAACGGCGGGCUCUGCGUGCCGGGGCCUGCGGUCUGGUCUUGUAACUGUCCCCCCGGGUACCAUGGUGAACUGUGCGAGCGUGCUGAGUGUACCGGGGGGUCGCCUUGUCACAGCGGCCAGUGCGUGACAAGCGUCCUCCGCCCGAAUCCCCUGUGUAUUUGUCCCCCGCACCGCCACGGCCUCUACUGCGAACUGGAACGAGUGGUAGAGAGACCCUCUUAUGCUGGUACAGUCGAGGGUUACAGUUCGUACUCAGUCUACAGGGUCGAGGAAGACGUCACACUCGGCCUUGCUUUGAGACUUCACUUCACGACGCAGGCUCUGCGGCAGGUGGGGUUGAUAGCCUACCUUGGCAACAGUGUCAGGAGUGCCACGCGGGACUUUCUGGCACUCAGCCUCGUGCGGGGUCACCUCAUGCUCACGUGGGACCUUGGCGCAGGCCCCAGGCGAUUGAUGACGUCAGAGGCGCUGGACGGCAGGCUGCAUACUCACACGGCGCUGCUGGUGCGGGAGGGGAAACAGGCGUGGCUGCAGGUGGACACGCAGAAGAACGUUACAGCGACAUCGCCAGGCUAUCUCUCUUCCCUGAACACGAAUAAGCUGCUUUAUAUCGGUGGACACUCCUCCUGGAACAUGACUCACCUGCCGGCGGACAUGUGGCGCCACGAGGGUUUCCGAGGCUGCGUGUUCGACCUGAGGGUGGCGCGGAAGACUUCGGGGCCUUGGACAGCCCUGAGGGUGGCGGGGGCGGCUAACGUCAGGGAGUGCGGGGAGGAAGUUUGCUCGAGGGAAUCCUGUAAAAACGGCGGAACAUGCAUCGAGGUCGGCGCUACGUAUAGGUGUCACUGCACCGUCGGAUGGAAAGGACCCCGGUGUGGAGUCCCGAGCCACGUGUGCGAAGGGAGCCAAGAGUCCUGUGCCCCCGGAGCCUCCUGCCUGCCCGCCGCGUCACCUGAUUCCUCGUCCACUUGCCUCUGUCAGAUCGGCCGCACAGGACCUCGUUGCGAGAAAGCGAUUAACAUCACGGACCCCCAUUUCUCCGGCGUGGGGUCCUUCCUCAGCCUCCUCGCGCCCAACAUCAGGAGAGAGACGCGGGUUACCUUGGCCUUCAAACCGGAGACUCGCGAUGGGCUGCUGUUCCUCGCCUUACCCAGGACGUCUCCGGGAGAUUUCCUGGCCCUCGCUCUCGUCAACGGGACGCUCCAGCUUACGUAUCAUUUGGGCUGGCGCGCCCCUGGCCUGAUUCUCAUCCGUUCGCGAGACGCCGCAGUGACCGGGGAGUGGCAGAGCGUGACGGUGACGCGUCGAGGGGGUGACGGGUCCCUGAUCUUCCGAGGACACACUACAACGGCAGCGUCCUCAGAGACCAAAGCCAGCAUGCUCGACACUCAGCCGGAGGUUUUCAUUGGUGGUGUCCCGGACUAUGAGGUCGUGCCACCAGCAAUAGCCCCUACAACUAGUCGUGUACCCUUCCGUGGGUGCAUUCGGGAGGUCAAUAUCAACGGCCACGACUUCGACAUGAGGGCUCCUGACGACGGGGAAGUGUUGCGAGGGGCGGGUCUCGGGGACUGCGACGGCACGGCGUGUGGGCGGCACGUCUGUCUACACGGCGGCACGUGCACUCCUGCAGGGGAUACGUAUGUCUGCAGCUGUACAGAGGAAUACACGGGGGCGAGAUGCCAGCUCCCACGCGCGUGCCUUGACAACUCCUGCAUCAACGGCGGGACCUGCGUGCCUUCAGAGAGCGCCGGGAACAAGAAGAAAAAGCGACGUCAGAUCAUGAGCCGAGACGGAGAGAGGUCGCCACGGUACCAGUGCCUUUGUCCUCCGGGUUUCGUGGGCGCUCGGUGCGAGAAAGGAGCGGAAGUUUCGGCCCUGAAGUUCAGCGGGCGGAGCUUCGCCGUUGUACCCCAGGGGCCGUUCGGAAGCCCCGUGCCCCACCGGGAUUCCUUCGCUCUCAACUUCUCCACGGCCGCGCCCCACGGACUGACUCAUGCUGUGGCGAGGACAGUAAAAAUCGGAUUUUUUUUUCAGCCCGACGCUCCCGUUGAGGAUUUCCUUGGCGUGGGCGUAGCAGGUGGGCGGGUGAAAGUUGUGUGGCAUUUGGGCGGAGAUGGAGUCGGCCAACUACAGGUAGAAGAACGCGUGACGGACGGGUCUUGGCACAGCCUGGUGGUGACGCGGGCGGGGGCGGUGGUGACGGCGUUCCUGGAUGGGCGUCCCCACAAGGCGCGGAGUCCGGGCACCUUCUCGCAACUCAACGACCGCGAUGGGGUUGUCUACGUGGGCGGCUUCCCUCCUGGCACUACCGUGUCAUCUGGCACCGACGGGCACUUCCUCAGUGCCUUCGUCGGGUGCCUGAGGGGCGUGACGGUCCACCAGGGCUCCUCCCCCGUCAGGUUCUCCUCCCUCUCCCGUGGCCAGGACCUCCAGCCUUGCUUCUGAGGGCCUCCUGCAGUGCACCCAGUCUCUGAGGAUGCUGGAGGAUCGUGUUUUUCAGGUGUUAUUUUAUUUAUAUAUUAAAAAAAAAAUCCUCCUCUGUUGGAAGAUUAACAUAAAAGUGGUAACAAUCAACUAUGGAUGCAAGCAAGCAAAUAAACAAAAAAACAAAAAAUAAACAUGCACAUACCUACACACAUACAUACAUGCACACAUACAUAAAACAAAUACAUACAUACAUGCAUGAACACAUACAUAAAACAAAUACAUACAUGCAUGAACACCUACAUAAAACAAAUACAUACAUACAUGAACAUAUACAUAAAGCAAAUACAUACAUACAUGCAUGAACACAUACAUAAAACAAAGACAUACAUACAUGCGUCUGUUAUAAGUGUUCUUCAUAAACAUAAUCGCUAAUGAUCUCAGCUUUAUCUACGCGUCGUCCCAAGAUAAAGUCACUGCCAGAAUUGCUGUACAUAUGGCGUUUACACAACAGAAGUGUUCAUUGUAGAUAUCAUCAUGUUGCAUAUAUUUUAUUAAAGCUUCGAAAGUUAAUGUUUUGCAAUCUUUAACGUUUCUAUGUGAACAUUUAUCACUCCUAUUUCUAUGUAAUGUAGAUAAAUGGCAAUCGGAUAGAUGGACUUUCUGAUUGAGAAAUUGCACGUAAAUUUUAACAAACCCAGAAGUACGAAGUUAUGAUAAGACCAAUAUGUACACCAUAGUUUUUUCCAUGGUAAAUGUAUAUAUAUAUAUAUUUAUAUUUUUGUUGAAGUCAAUCUCUCUGUUGAUCAUUAAUGUCUCUUGCUGUAUUGCUAAUUAGUUAACCUUAGAUGAUGUUGGGACCAAAUGUUUAUGUGUGACAAAUCGUACCAUAUGGGAUCCAGUUUUCGAAUUACAUAGAUGGUCCCUUGUUAUCAGUCACAUGAGAAAAUGUUAACUGUUUUCUUGUAAGCAAGAUUUAUUUUCUCUAUAUUUCUCAUCGUUCUUAAUACACGAUUUAAUUAUGUUAUUGGUGUUGCAUUCUGAACAUUAUUGUUUAAGAUAAAGAAACGUCUUGUUUGUAAAUAUCUUUAGUAUGUAUUACGUUGUAGCAAUGUUGAUUUUGCAAUAGCCAAGUUGCUGUUAUCUAGUAUUCUUGUCUCUGACUGAGCAUAUGACGUUAAAUUUCAGCCUUAAAAUUUAAAAAAAAUAAAUAAAAAAUAAAUAAAAAUAAUAUUAAAGAAAUACAAUCUAAACAAAACUGAUCAACGGAAAAAAAAACAGCAUACAGAAAAUAUUCCCAAAUUACAUUCAAUACUCGUUUUAUUUUCAUGAAUUAGCGAGUUAGAAUAUUGUAUAACGAAGUUCACGCGCAAAUGUGCCUAAAAAUUCACAAAGUGCCAAAGACGCUUGUCAUACAAAGCGAAGGGAAUGUGCAAUACAUUUUUUGGUGAAUGUGUAGAUAUAAUUGUUAUUUUAUUUUAAUAAACUUCUAAUUUUA